GCACACAGCCGCCCGCCACCACCAGACUCGCGCACGCCGCAUCUGCAAGCCUUCAUGAUCAUAAACGGUGGUGCAACCUUCCUAGCCCACCUACCCAAUUGCCGGCUAUAAACCGCCUUCCUGCUUGGCUCAGUUGCAUUUGCAUGUCAAGCUGAUUGAAUCCUCAAUUUCCCAAUUCCAAAAUCCUUGUCACGUAAACCUGGCCUUCUCCAGGGUACCUUCUCCUUUCAGGGCCUGAAACACUGGCGGCCGGAUAUUCACUUGUCUUGUUGCAUGUGAUAGUACUACGUUGAUUAUUGUAUAAUAUCUAUCACCUUGGCGACUUCACCCUCACCAAACCUUUCACCUGCACAUUCACAGCGACGUCUCCACAACUUAUAACCAUUGUCUUCUUAAAUGCAUAAGCCAUUGCCAUUUUCCACAGCAUUCGCCAUGACCACGACAACAGUCAGUCCUCCAGACUUGAGGGCCAUUAUUGGGCCCCUUCUACUCUUCCUACCAGGCGCAACCUUCGCAACACAACCGGCAGAAGGCGUUCUGCCCCUCUUGUCCCCAAUUCUUCGCCAGCGUGUGCAGUUAUUAUCGGGCUCAGGCAGCGAUCCGUGGAUCCGACUUCUAUCCUACGAUACAGCGAAUGCCGAGCAGCUCACCGAAGUCGCCCGCGGCGAUCGGUUCGAACCACACCCAUCGUCUGGGGAGAUCGAGAUUGACUGGGAUCACGACGUCACGACAAGAUACCGCCGCUGCGAUGAGGAGACUCUUCAGGCGCUAGUGGCGCUCCCAGAUUUUGGCCUCUUCUUUCGACUGGUAUAUUGCACAGGCGACACACAAGGGGGCGGGGAUGGCUGGAGAGUCGGCGAGGUCAGUGUGCUCGAGCGGCCAGAUCCAUUCGCAUCCUUUGGCGGCGAGGACACCAUUUCGGCGGCAGAGGAGAAAUUCGGCUUGGCUCGGGUGGGCAGCAAACAGACCGAGGCAUCAAUCGAGAGCAAAACCAACACAAAUUCGGAAAAGAUUCUCGAACCGACCGAGGAAGAUGAUGGUGACGAUGAUGACUACUGGGCCCGAUACGAUGCAACUCCAGCCCGUACACCGGCCGCACAGCCAUCUCCUGCUUAUCCACCGUCAACACAGCCAUCGAACAUGGGUACUCACAUCCGCCCAGACGCAGACGACGCGUAUUAUGCACGAUACGACUCGGUCCAACCGGCCAUGGAUAAUCACGACCCGGAUGAGGAGGCAAAUCUGGCGGACAAUGGCAUAUCACUGGCGCCUCCCCCCCUAGGCCUCGCCAGGACUGCAGGCCAAGGGGAACGCACAGAGGAAGCUCAGCCGGGGGAGACACAGGGAUCGUGGACUAUUGCGGGUGAAUCCGAGGGCUCGCGACGAUCCGCUGCGGAGGAUGCUGACCGUACAAUUCUUCACCCGCGGCCUGCCAGUGCAGCAAGUUCGAGUGGAGCCUCGAUGGUUAGCAAGCUCGAGGAGUCGGCCGAGCGGAGAGCGCAAAGCGAGUUCGGCGUAAAGCAGCACGUAUCAAGGACGAUCAGGAGCCUUUUCCAGCUCUCGAGCGCAGCCGGAAUUGAUCGCGAGGAGUUUGAGGGUAUGGUUCGGGCGGAAUUGGAGCUGCUCCAGUUAAUCGAUGAAGAAUAAGGUUAGCCUUGCCGCCGGCGAGAUAUCCUGAUAUCCGGAAUGUUUUAUGGCAACAAAUGGGUGCUGUGGCCCGACCGGGUUGUCAUUUGGAGCUGGCUGUGAAAGGAGACGGAUGUCCGGGUGUUCCAUUGCACUCUAGCCAUGGAUUUGUUAUUACUGUAUGUACAUCAGCGACUUCGGCGUUACGGCAUAAGGCGGGCAUGUGUGAAAGGAAUCCAGCAAUUUCAUAGUAACGAAACAAAAUGAAAGAGAAUUUGAUGGACAGUUAACUGGAAAUAAUUAUAGCAACUGGA